AAAUAAUAUUUCUGGUUGGUCAGAAUGACAGCCAAUGACAGUAAAGGACCGUCAGCCAAUGACAGUAAAGGACCGCCCUAAACUGGCUCGUUCAUAAAAACCCCAUCUCGCAUCAAAAAUCUCCAUAGCAGCUUACUGAUUCAUCUACGGUGUCACUGUCAUUGUGCAGAACCAUGAGCAGGAACUUCUUGUCCAUGAACGAAGAGCUCCGUAAGGGAGACUUCCUGUUAUCCAACAACCGAGAGUACAAGGCAAUCUUUCAGGAGGAUGGGAACUUUGUCGUCUAUGGCUGGAGACCUCUGUGGGCAUCUAACACGUGUGGCAAAACCGACGCCCAUCGGCUGAUCAUGCAAGGAGACUGCAACCUCGUCAUGUACACGCCGGGCAGACCCGUGUGGGCCACCAAUACUGACCGGAAGGACGCCAGAAUGUGCCGUCUGGCUCUGGGCAACGACGGCAUUCUAAUGGUCGAGAAUGAUGCGGCUGUGGUGUGGAAAUCUACUAAGUCUAAUUAAAAGCAAUGAAGCAAUCUUGUCUCAAAACUCUCUGCAGCUGUCAGGAAAGUUAUAAAAUAAAUCAGUAAAGAGAAGCAGCA